CUCCCCCUCUCUCCCUCUGCUUCCCCCUCCCCUCGCCCUGCGACUCCAUGCCGCGAGCACUCAGUGGCUCAUUCCUCGCAGGCGACGACCCCGCGCCUCGGCACGCCUCGGCCGCGCCGGCGGUAUCGAACCCCCCUCGUACUCGGACAUCCAUGGCGCUCCGCGCGCCCGUCGCCCUCGCCGCCCUCCUGCUGCCGCGCCGGCUGCAGAGCGUGGCCGUGGCGCCGCCGGCGCAGGGAGUGCCCGCGGGAGCGGUUCGGCGCCCGCCAGUGGCCCUCGGAGCGUCGACCGCCGCACGCCGGCUGCGCUCGCGCGCCCACCGCGCCACGGGCGCAGCCCAGGCGGGCAGCGCCGGCCAGGCGGGCAGCGACGCGGAGGACAAGGGUCCCUUCAUAGCCGCGUGGUUUGGCGACUUUGACCAGGGAGAGUCGACCUUCUCUGAGCAGGGCAUCUCUGGGAGGUACGAUACCGUCGGUGGUUGGGAUGUUGACUACUACAACCCGUACUCUGGCAGCAGCGGGAAGGAAAGCGAGGAGUUCUUCCAGGAGACGCCUUCGGCCGGCUCGAGGGAGACGUGGCAGACGUUCUACCCUGCGCUCGGGAGCACCGUCAUCGGGAACGGCGACCAGGCAACAGGCUCGUGGCGGUCGACCCCGGAGGGCUACGUGCAGGACUACGUCCCCUCCACUCUCGUCACCGAGAAAGCAGGCGGCGCUGGCGCGCGCCCCGCGGAAUGGUUCGACAGCAAAGUGCUCCAGAUAGACGGCCUUGGGCGCGACCAGCUGCCGUACCCAGGGACGCCAGAGCGGUCGAUGGAGGCCAGCGUGAGAACAUACGUCGAGCGCGCUGUGAACACGACCUUUCGCUGCGAGGGCACCGAGUGCGUCGCGUGGACUGGGCUGCAGGCGUACAAUCAUCUUGGUGAGGAGGCGACGGGGUGCACGAUGAAUGUCUACGUCCAUCCGAGGGGCACCAUCACCAGCGGCGCCAAGGUCUUGAACACUCUCAAAGUCAACGACCAGGAGGUGUCGACGGCCUGCUUUGACGUCCCAUCCGGCUGCACAUCGCAGGCGAGCACGGACUCGGUCACGUCCCUGCUCUACCCGUGCGCGAGCCAAAUCAACGUCGGGAACCUCUUCAGGGACGGCACGGGCGCGCUCAUAAUCAGCGGCCAGAUCAGCAAGGGCGUCAGCAAGUGGGCCCGGGGCGGCCGGGUGCUCGCUUGCGUGGGCUUCGCCGCGGUGUCUGCAGACACCGCCGUGUUUGCGCAGGGGCGCGACAUCGUCAUCGGAGACGAGGAGAGCUUCUCGCAGCCGAUUGGAGACGUGGACGAGGAAGUCCAGGGCUACUUCGAGGACUUCCUGGAGGGCGAGGCCGACGACGGCAGGCCCAAGAAGCGCAGGUCGCCGACGAGGAAGCACAGGUCCAUCGCGAACCUGACGGCCAGCCUGGACGAGGCGAUCCCGCUGCUGGAGGCGGACUUUAAGACGAAGACUCAGGCCCUCAGGGUCGCCCUCGCCUACUUCAAGGAGAAGCAGAAGAUCAUGGACGUGGCAAAGAGGGAGGCGACCUUGGCCAUGAAGGAGCUGCGCAAGGAGGCCGAGCAUCGCCGCCUGGCCGCUUCGGAGCGCAGGAACGCCAAGCAAAGGGAGGUGCAGGCGUUGAAGGAGCAGAAGCGCACCGCCAAGGAGGCGAUGAUCAAGAAGGCACAGGCCCUGAUGGGCGCCAAGGGCCAGGAUGCGGGCGGCAUGCUCGGCGAGAUGUCCCUCGGCAUCAUGGUCGACGUGCUCAUGGCCCUGCCGCAGGCCGUGGAGAACCCGAUUUUCCUCAAGCGGCUCUACAGGGCGAAGGACGAGGUCACGCAGUCCGUCCAGGAUUUCCUCAACAUCACGCGCCGGAAGUCGUCGAAGUUCGUGCUGGCCAGCAGCAAGGCGUCCGACGUGGAGCUCUCCUUCCUCAUGGCGCGCUACUUUCACGAGGCCUCCUUCCGGGUCAAGGCUCUACAGUCGGACGCCCAGAAGGUUGCCAGGGACCUCAACGUCGUCAUGCCCAGGGAGCUCCGCCAGAGCUUCAUGCCCAUCAUCAAGCAGCUGCGGUCGAACGCGGUCCCGCUUCGCGUGAACGCCAGCGAGCUUGCGAAGGCGACGCUGCCCGAGGCCUGCAGUCAGAUCUCCAGCGUGAUGGCGAACAUCAGCACGGUGGCGGACAACAACAAGCUCAACACCAUGCACUCCGGCCUGCACAACCUCUGGCAGAUCUCUGAGCUGAUGCUGCCGCACAUGAGCAAGGUCUACCCCCUGAAGUCGGUCGUCAUCGACACCGUCAAGGACUUCAUGUCCAUGGCGACCACCCAGGUCGCCGGUCUGCAGGAGUCUGCGGACGAGAUCGUGACCAACAUCGGCCCCGUCGUCAUGGAGCGCAUGCAGUGCACCUGGUCCUCCGCGCGUGGCCGCGGCGCCAGCCUGGUCGCCCUGCUGGCGCCGCUGGCGGCCGUGGCCAGCCUCCUGGCCCACUAG